UAAAAGUUCGUAUUUGUAGUUCGUAAUGGGUACUACAGCCUAUGACAACAAUUUUUGUAUUUUACGCAGGUCCAAGUCUUCGUAUAAUCCCCAGAUAACGGUACCUCCCGAUAUUCGGUAUUUUGAUGAUUUCAGCAACAUUAUUCACCGGAAUCGUUUAAAUUUCGUACUGGAAGAUCCUAGUGUUUUACUUUUUGGUAAGGAUUUUGGCUUUGGUGGUGUUUUUAGAUGUUCAAUAAAUCUUCGUGAUAAGUAUGGGAAAGAUGGAGUUUUUAAUAUUCCUUUGUGCCAACAAGGCAUAGCUGGUUUCGCUUUCGGUGUUGCGACAGCAAUAGCGGAAAUACAAUUCGCUGACUAUAUAUUCCAAGCAUUUACUAUUGUAAACGAAGCAGCAAAAUAUCGUUAUCGAAGUGGAGGCAUAUUCGAUUGUGGAUCUUUAACAUUCCGUGUGCCUGUUUGUCAUGGCGCACUUUAUCAUAGUCAAAGCCCUGAAGCCUAUUUUGCACACACUCCUUGUUUAAAGGUUGUGGUUCCUCGAGGGCCAAUCAAAGCGAAAGGAUUGUUAUUGGCUUGCAAUAAAGAUAAAAACCCGUGUAUUGUUUUUGAGCCUAAAACUUUGUAUCGAGCUGCUGUUGAGCAAGUGCCCGUUGGAAGUUAUGUUUCCGAAAUUGGACAAGCAGAUAUUUUACGUAAAGGUAGUGAUAUUACACUCAUUGGUUGGGGUACGCAAGUUCACGUGUUGUUGGAGGUUGCCGAUUUGGCUAAAAAAGAGUUGAAUGUGGAUUGCGAGGUUAUUGAUUUGGUAACCAUUUUGCCAUGGGAUAGGGAGACAAUCGCAAACUCUGUAAAAAAAACUGGUCGUGUCGUUGUUUCUCACGAAGCUCCAUUAACACAGGGCUUUGGUUCGGAAAUUGCAGCCUAUAUCCAAGAUAAGUGUUUCCUGCACUUAGAAGCUCCAGUUAAACGUGUAACAGGAUGGGAUACACCAUUUCCUCAUGUAUUUGAACCAUUCUACCUACCAAACAAAUUACGAUGCCUUAGUGCAAUUAAGUAAUUGAUGAAUUAUUGAAUAAUGUUAAAAAUUUAACAAAUUUUAUUUUGUUAAGGUAACCGAUGCAUUUAUUUACAAAUAUACACUACGUUGUUUAUAUAUUUAUAUACGAA